CUGGGAUAACAGCAAGCAUAAAAGGCUGUUUUAGACUGAAUUUACCGUUAUACCCUUGCACCUAUCCCGUGUCGCCUUCGUCACCAGUCACCACCGUUCAGCCCUUUUUCCCUCUUUAUAUAAAUACAUGGCACACACCACACACACACACACAUUUCAAUUUCCAAAGUGAAAUUCGAUCUGUGCUACGUACCUGUUUUCAUAAUCAUCAAAUGUCGAGGAAGGAUUGCGAGCUCUGUGGCGGCCCGGCCCGGAUGUUCUGCGAGUCCGACGAUGCCAGCCUCUGCUGGGACUGCGACGAGAAGGUCCACGCCGCCAAUUUCCUGGUAGCCAAGCACUCCCGGACACUUCUCUGCCACGACUGCUACUCCCCGACGCCGUGGAAAGCUGCCGGCCUCAGGCUCGGACAGGCCUUCUCCGUCUGCAGCGGAUGCGCCGUCGGCCACGGCGAGAACUGCGGGGUGGAGGAAUCUACCAUCCGGAGGGGUGAUGAGGACGGCGGCGUCGGCGAUUCAAGCGGUCCGCCGGGGAGCGAGAGCGAGAGCGACGGGGAGUAUUUCAGUGAUACCGAGGGUUCUAGUGAUGAUGAGGAUGAGGAGGAUGAGGAGGAUGGGGAGAAUCAAGUCGUUCCGUGGUCUGAUUCCGGCUCGAUUGCGGCGGCGGCGAGCUAUUCCGGCCGUGACGAGGAUGCGUCCCGUUCCUCCUCGAAGAGGACGCGUGAAAUCGCUUUUGAAUCUGAGGAUGACGAUGGGUGCAGCUCGUGGGCGUGCCCUGACGCAAACUCUCAACUCUUCGACGGGAAUUCAGGUUCUAAUUCAUUCAGCUUGUCGAGAAUGCCACGGCGGAGCAACGGCGGUGAUUUGCUGCAAUCGCCGGAAUACACGGCUGACGGGGGUCAAAACACGUCAUCAUCGGGAACAACGGCCAUUGUUGAGAAACUUCGCAGGUACAAUCAGAAAAUUGGGUCAAACGAUAGGGAGGAUGCUAACUAGGUAGCUUGGCCAUUUGCAAACUCACCAUAGAGUCAUGGUUUANAGUUAUAUAUUAUUUGAU